CAAAUCGACAUGUUCAAAAUAACGCUACUCUCCUUCAUCCUGGCAUCUAGCUUUGGGCUGAUUUCCGCCGAUUUCGUGAACGAUUGCAACGAGGGAAAUUUAAACUUCGCUGCUGCGAUUAUGAACGAUGCGACCUUCAUGUAUAGCACAGCUUUGACGAAAUUGGCGGCGGUGCCUGGUGAUCUGUUGGACAAGAUCAUCUCGUGCAACGGCGGUAAUCGGAAUGAAGCUCAAUUGAAUGCGUUCGGUGCGAAUGAGAAGCAACAAUUGAAUAGAUGCAACGAUAAGUUGGCUCUUAUUAAGAACGCCAAGAAAGAGGUGAACCAAAUCACGCAGAUCUUAACUAAACUAAAGUGUGUGAGGAGCGAGCAAGGAAACGAGAAUCCUUUGGAUGAUCUGAUUAAUGAUAGCAAAGGUAUCGUUGAUAAGGCGUCAAACUAUAUGCUACAAUUGGUGUCGCCUGUUUCCAAAGAAUCGGGCGGUCUUAUCGGUAAUUUACUCGACGGUGUAUUAGGAAAGUUAUUUAAUUUAGUAGGAAGCUUACUUAGUGGAAUACUUGGUGGAUUAGGUCUGGGUCGGAGCAGCAAACACGUUCCAAUUACAAUAGAUACGAUAAGAUUAACAGUGACGAGCUUGACCGAUGAUUCGAUGAAAGUUAUUAGCUCAACAUUGGAACCCAUCCUUUCUCCAAUAAAAGGAACGUGGUCGUGUCCGAAUCCAAUGGAAAUGCUAACCUGCUUGAAGAUCAGCGACCUGAUCAACAAUAUCAACAGCGAGAUCAUGGAAAGCGUGGAGAAUUUUGGCAAUUGCAUCGACGAUAAUAGAAAUCAAUUAUCUGGAAAUCUUUGCUAGUAAAACUUGACGAAAAUAAACCUUGAUGUAGCAAUUAAAAAGAUAUGGUGAUAGUAC